UAUGGUUUACUCUUUCUAACGCUAUUUCACAGGGAGAUGUAUUAAGCACUGUUAUUGGAAUUGUAUAUAUACCCCCAGUAGGCUCGCCCUAUUUUAACCAUGAUACGUUUAACACAAUACAAGACGAAGUGAACGAGAAACUCUUAAGUGGAAAUAAUGUUCUUUUGAUCGGCGAUUUUAAUGCUAAAACGAGUUUGCUUGUAGAUUAUGUGAGUUGUGAUGGUGAACAUACUAAUAACACACUCAUUUCUGAUAUCUCCAAUUUUAUGAAUGAACCUAACAACUUAUUAAAUAUUGGCAUUCCAUUACAAAGAGCGAGUCAAGAUACCAGUAGACCUAACGGUCACGGAUAUAAACUAAUUGAUCUUUGUAAAAAUAGUAAUUUGUAUUUAGUGAACGGAAGAGUCGGCGAAGAUCGGGGUAUAGGACAACCUACUUGCAAAGGAUCGAGUGUAAUAGAUUAUGCCAUAGCCUCAUUCACAGUUUUGGAAAGAAUUCUUAAAUUCAAGGUCAACGAAUUCGAACCACUAUUCUCGGACAUUCACAAUCCAUUAACAAUGCGACUGAAUAUCCAUACAGCUAGUGGUAAACACCACGCCGUCAUUAAUAAUGAACUCACCCCAAGGAAAUGGAAUACUAAAGAGGCUAAACACUAUAGUGAAAAUAUAAACAAAGAAACAGUCAACGACAUAAACGUAAUAUUAAAUGAACUGUGUGAACACUUCUCGAAAGAAAAGCUGAAUGGUGCAGUGGAGCGUAUUGGGACCCUAUUUGUUGACACCGCAGCCGACACUUUCGGUUACACGCAAGCCCGCGUCAGAGCCAGACACAAGCGUGAAAAUACCCGUAACAAAGCAUGGUUUGGCAAUCAUUGCAGAACACUAAGAAGAAAGUAUACAGAAGCGAGAUCAGCAUACAAACAACGAAAAACACCUGAUAAUAAGCAACGACUUUUGAAUGCCAGUAAAAGCUACAGAAAUGUAAUACGGAAAUAUGUUAACAAACACAAUUGGAAGACAGAACAAAGACUCACAGAACUUAGUCAACAUGAUACCCACGGCUUUUGGAAACUGUUAAAAGAAAAACAAGACCCUACUCUCCCCCCUUUAAACACUCUGUACGAUUACUUUAAAAAUAUAAACAGCAGUGAUGACAACACAACAGAAGAAAAAGAUCCAAGUUUUAAUAUAGAUUUUGAGGACACUACCAUGCUAAAUGAAUCAAUAUUACAAGAAGAAAUACUCGCCGUUGUUAAAAAUCUAAAAAACAAUAAAGCCUGCGGAAUAGACCAAAUAAUCAACGAGUAUAUUAAGCAAACUAUCGGCUGUAUGGUCCCUGUGUAUGUUAAGCUCUUUAAUUUGUGUUUGAACAUGGCAUCUUUCCUGAUUCGUGGCUAG